CAAAAAACUGACUGGAAGUGCUAGUAGAGUCGCAGCGACGUCAAGGGGAGGUCAGAACACGUCACCGCAAUGAAGUCACCUCAGGGCUCCUCGAACCCUCUAAAAUUUUUAGCGCUUGCCUUCGUCGGCGUCUUAAUUCUAAUCUGCUGCGUCCUCCAGGGUACAGAAAACGUUCGCCUCAUUCCAGAAGCUCUUUCUUUCCCACGGCGAGUAGCAUCGACUGAUGAGUUUGUGGCUGCAGGUCGUGAGGAGCGGACGAGCAUCGACUGGAAAACGAUACCGAGCCCGCUGUCUGAACCGCGAUGGCCCGAGCUGGACCACAACAUGGCGACCACCCCCCUGUGGCCCUCGGACCCUGCCUGCGCCAUGUACAACGUUUCCUUCGCCCUCAAUGUUAACAAAACCUUCCUGGUGUCCUUCCCUCGGUCCGGCAACGCCUGGACUCGUUACCUGGUGGAAGGGGCGACGGGCGUGGCCACAGGGGCGGUUUAUUCAGUCGAACAACUCAUUCACUUCGGUAUGAAGAGCAACUUGAGGCAGCUAGAAGGGAAAGUUAUACUCGCAAGGAUCCAUUUCAAUACGAGGCAAAGCGUUCCAGACAACGCUCCUGUUAUAUUAUUACUAAGAAAUCCAGCCAAAUCUCUAGUUUCUUACUAUAAUUUUAAGUGGGGAGAAGGAGAUGUAAACAGGUAUAGAAAUGUAAGCUAUGAAUCCUACUUUACACAAAAAUUUAAAAAGCACUUUAACGUUGAGCUUCCGAGAUGGACAAAGCUGGCCAAGGACCGGCUUUUGUACUCUAAGCGGCUGCUGGUGAUCCCGUACGAGGAGUUACAAAAGGACCCGAUGACACAGGUGCGGAGGGCGCUCGCGUUCCUGGGCGUUCCGGCGGACGAGGGGCGUCUCGCUUGCCUCCGACGCAACUCCGAGGGGUUUGCGUUGGGCCUACAGAGACAGGUUGACCCAUACACACCCGAGCAGAAAGCGGCGAUGGCGAAAGCUGUGGCAUAUAUCUCUCAACUUCUCCGCAAAAGAAACUUCCCUCCGUUGCCUGCUUAUGACUAG